AUGUCCGGCAGCGGAGGGGGACUUCCCGGCGGCGGGGGCGAUGACCCCGACGGUCCCUGGUCUACCGUCGGGAAGAAGAAGAAGCCCAGCGGAGGUGGCCCUUCUGGCGGAGGCGGCGCCAAUCGUGGCGGAGGCGGCAUCGAUCGCGGCGGAGAUGACCCCUACGGCGGAGGCGGCUUCAAUCGUGGCGGAGAUGGCCAGUACGGCGGAGCCGGCUUCAAUCGUGGCGGAGGUGGCCAAUACGGCGGAGGCGGCUUCAAUCGUGGCGGAGAUGGCCAGUACGGCGGAGGCGGCUUCAAUCGGGGCGGAGAUGGCCAGUACGGCGGAGGCGGCUUCAAUCGGGGCGGCAGGAGUGGCGGCGCACGCGGCUACAACGGCGGAGGACCCCACUACCCCGGCGGAGAUGGCUCGCCAAGCAGAGUUCAGGGAGGAGGAGGCCGCGGUGCUGGCCGCGGGUACCAACACCAGGCGCAGGGACAGCCGCGUCACGACUACGUCCGCCCGCCGUACUCUCCGAGGAGGACCGCGUCCAGGGACAUGGCGAGCCCGUCCUCGUCGGGGCCCGUUGGCCGAGCAGUUAUCCCCAAUGAAGUCAAACUUUUGGUGAACCACUUUAAAAUCACAUUUGAGGAAUCAACUAUCUUUCGGUAUGAGAUCAAGCUGGCUGAAGAUUCUGAAAAGCUUGAUGAAGAUUCUUCUGGGGCUUCAGUCGUGAAGCUCUCCACGGCAGAUCUGAAAUGUGCAAAGGCUCAACUCUUUAAGAUACUAAAGGAUCCUCCACACCCAUUGGCUGUUGCUUAUGAUGGAAAGGGUGAUCUGUUCACCUUUACCAGACUGCCAGAGAGAGUAUACACUGUGAAAGUCGGGUCACGGAACUAUAAUGCAUCAGCAGAGCUUAAGCAGGAGCUGUCGUUAAGCCAGCUAGAUCAUCAGCCUGUGCCAGCAAAUGUCCUGCGGUGCCUUGAUGUCAUUGUGCGCGAGGCCUCUAGCUUGGACAAGAUUAUCAUUGGGCCAAGAUUUUAUAUGCCAGAGUGGUCUGCAGGGAAUGAGACUCCGCGUUAUGCUAUUACUACCAGUUCUCUCAAAGGGACCAAGCAGACGCUAAAACCCACCAAGCAAGGCAUGGUCCAGUGUGUAGACUAUUCAGCUAUGGAAUUUUGCCAACCUGAAACCAGUGUUCUGAAUCUAGUGAAGGACUUGCUGAACCGCAUUGAUGUCAGGGAGCCCUUUGCAGAUCUAACCGAGAAAGGGCGGAAAUAUUUGGAGGGCCAGCUUAAAGGCCUCUGUGUUACCUUGAGUUACCAGAAGUCCUCUGUAGGCCGGAAGUACAAGGUUCAAGGCUUGACAGAUGAGCGUGCUGAACAGAUGACCUUCUUCGAUUUCGACGAAGACAAGAGUAGUGAGAUUUGGAGCCUUUCUGAUUAUUAUCUGAAGAAGCAUGGGAAGGUGAUUAGGCAUAACAAGCUUCCAUGCUUGGUUCUGAACAAGAAUCCAGAAAGACCGAAUUAUGUCCCCAUUGAGUUGUGUAAUCUUCAUGGAUGGCAGAAGUAUCCCAAGGAUCCCAACCAGAAACCACAAAAGCCAGUCUCUGCAUCUAAACGGAAAGAGGAGAUUCUGCGGAUGGUAAAAGCUGGGCCCUGCAGAGGUAACCGAGGCAAGCAGUUCAACAUUACACUGGUGAAAGAAAUGACAGAAGUCAUGGGCAAGGUCCUUCCUGCCCCCAUGCUAAAACUCGGCGACUCCUCCAAAUUCAGAAUUGGCUCCCCUAACUGCCAGUGGAACCUUCGUGGUCGCACAAUAUCUGAAGGCAAGAGACUCCGGAACUGGGGCAUUUUGGAUUUCAGCGCUCAAGAAUCGCGCCCCAGGAAGGAAGCGCUUGAUGUGAAAAUGUUCACUAGCUACAUCGUCAGCAAGUGCUGUGAACUUGGCAUUGAGAUGCAUGAGGAACCAUGCUUUAAGCUUCCAUCAAAAAUGUCAGUGCUAUCAGAUCCAAGCCAACUGUUGGAGGAGCUCAGGCAAGCAGAACAGGCUGAUGAGCUGCAGCUCCUCUUCUGCCCGAUGUCCGAGCAGCAUCCUGGUUACAAGACACUGAAACUGAUCUGCGAGACGCAGCUGGGGAUCAAGACCCAGUGCUUGUUGAGCCACCACGCAAACAAACACCAGGACCAGUACAUGUCAAACCUUGCUCUGAAGAUCAACAGCAAGCUCGGUGGAAGCAACGUUCAGCUCUCUGACAAGUUCCCACGGGUGGCUGGCACGCCUUUUAUGUUCAUCGGCGCGGAUGUGAACCAUCCAUCCCCAGGAGACAAAGAGAGUGAGUCCAUAGCAGCUGUUGUCGCCUCCAUGGACGCUAGCGCCAGCAAGUAUGUGUCGAGAAUCCGUGCACAGAAACAGGGCUGUGAGAUGAUCGCGGAGCUUGAUGUAAUGUGUGGUGAGCUCAUUGAAGUCUUCAAGAACAGGAACAACGGCGUCAAGCCAGAGAAGAUCAUUUACUUCCGCGAUGGUGUGAGCGACGAGCAGUUGAAUAUGGUCCCCCAGAAAGAAGUGGAUCCCAUGAGGAAAAAGUUCGAGCAGGACGGCUACUUGCCGACGAUUACAGUGAUCGUGGCCAAGAAGCGGCACAGCACACGGCUGUUCCCGUUCCCCAGCACACACAAGGAGCAACAGACGAAUAGCGGCAACGUGCUCCCUGGAACGGUUGUCGAUGCCGAGGUGGUCGACAAGCCGGAUGAGGACUUCUUCCUCUGCAGCCACGAGGGGCUGCAUGGGACGAGCCGGCCGACCCACUACUACAUGCUGUGGAACGAGCACGGCUUUCAGCCUGUCGACAUGCAGAAGCUUGUCUACAGCCUCUGCUUCAUGUUCGCUCGCUGCACCAAGCCGGUGUCGCUGACGACGCCCGUAAAGUAUGCCGACCUCGCGGCCUACCGCGGCAGGGACUACUACAUGGCGUCCCAGGCCCAGAAGGCUGGGCCAUCGUCCUCGGCCUCUGUGAAUGCUUCUGUGUUACCGGAGAUGCACGCGGCUGUCAGGGACAGCAUGUUCUUCAUCUGA